AAGUCCCUAUUUGGUCUGCCCUCCUCUGCUGUCGCUACCUUGCAGUUUAUGACAUCUAGAUAGUGGGAGGUCUGACAAACUGAGCAAGGCAGCGAGCAAGAAAUUCCAUUCCUGUCGAAAUCAGUAAUUCCUUUGUGCCGGCUGCUCUUUCUAGAGUGUGUGCUCUCUUUUGUGUCACUUUGAGAAGGGCUCCGAUAUUAUUAUUAUUUUAAAUAUAGCUUGCCCUGGGGCGGGGGAAACGCACAAGGAAAGAGCCGGCAAGCUGCCUAUCUCUCAGAAGAAAAGCGCAAGACUCACAGCACAGGAACUGGCUUCACUCAAGUGUGCAGUUUAGAAGUCAAAAAAAAAAAAAAAACACUAUUCCAAAUAUCACCAUUUUGGAGGCGACUGAAGAAAAAGGACAUAAAACUGGCUAAAUGCAGUGAAGGAUAUGGUAAAUCAGGGUACAAAGUGAACCUAAUUGCAGUUUGAGUGUGGGCUCUGAAGUACAAUGUAAGUCUUCCUUAAAUUGUAUUUUUUAUCGUAGUACUUAGUUGUUUAAUUUCCAUUUCAAAGCCAUGCUGGGCCAAAAGGUACAAUUAGCUAUAAAAAUGAACAUGGAGCAUAAUAAGUAAUCUCUGAUAUGAGGCUGAAAAUGAUACUGAAAUACAACAGAAGUCAGAGACUAUCAGCCAUAUUAUGGAAGAUGAACUAUAAAUAAAAGCAUAUCUAAUUAUUUUGAGAGAAAGAUGCUGGAUGGAAUCUUUAAUCAACUUUCUUAAUAGAGAAGCGAGAGCGCUGCUGUUUUGUAUGGCAAGCUAUUUUAAUACUGCUGUGUUUAAAAUUGUGUGAUUACAGUUACCAAUAGCAAUAAGAUGUAGCUCCAGAGGGGAGUCCUAGUGGUUGCAAAAGUUUUUUCUCUUUUAUUUCUCCAACAUUUUUGCUCUCUGAAGCCUCAAGUCCACAUUCUCUGUCCUACCCUUUGGUUUUGCUCUUCAGCUGGAUUUUCAAUGUGUGCUAACACCGGACUUCCCAGGGAACCGAAAACAAAACAUUCCAUCAUUCGGAGUAAUUCUGGUAUGGUUUUUUACAGCACAUUAGUGGCAAAAAUACAGUCGACGAAAGAUUGUGUUCCAUCAACUUCUGGCAUGGACAGCUGAGGAAUAUAAAGCCUGAUGGUGACAAAGGGUGAUAAUCUCCUAUUUUUCACUAUUUAUCUCACCAGUUUCAGACUUAGCAAUGGAUAUUUUUUGUGAUGAGCAGAGCUCUGUGAACCCAACUGCAAACUCCUUAAUACAACUAAAUGUUAAUGGACCUGCAGAGAUUAAUAUUUCACAUCUCUUUAACUUGACUGGGGACUCUGCAAACCUGACUAAUCUUUCAUGUGAAGCUAGAAUGAGUCCACCGUGCUACUCUCCCCUGUUUCAGCUUUCGGAGAAAAACUGGCCAGCUUUGCUGACAGUGAUAGUGAUUGUUUUAACCAUUGCUGGAAAUAUUCUUGUCAUCAUGGCUGUGUCACUGGAGAAAAAGCUACAGAAUGCCACUAACUAUUUUCUAAUGUCACUUGCAAUAGCUGAUAUCCUGCUGGGUUUCCUUGUCAUGCCUGUGUCAAUGUUAACCAUACUGUACGGAUAUAAAUGGCCUCUACCUACUAAGCUCUGUGCUGUUUGGAUCUACUUGGACGUACUUUUCUCCACUGCGUCCAUUAUGCAUCUCUGUGCCAUCUCACUGGAUCGCUAUAUUGCCAUUCGAAACCCCAUCCAUCACAGCCGCUUUAACUCAAGAACCAAGGCUUUUGCAAAAAUAAUUGCUGUUUGGACCAUAUCAGUUGGUAUCUCCAUGCCUGUACCUGUCUUUGGUCUACAAGAUGAUUCCAAAGUGUUUAAGAAAGAGAGCUGCUUUCUUGCAGAUGAGAAUUUUGUUCUAAUAGGCUCUUUUGUGGCAUUCUUCAUCCCCCUAACCAUCAUGGUGGUCACCUAUUUUUUAACUAUCAAGUCUCUGCAGAAAGAAGCUACCUUAUGUGUGAAUGACCUUGGCCCAAAGACGAAGUUUGCUUCAUUUAGUUUCCUCCCUCAGAGCUCCCUGUCUUCAGAGAAACUCUUUCAGCGGUCUUUGAACAGAGACGUGGGGACUUCUGGGAGGAGAACAAUGCAAUCCAUCAGCAACGAGCAGAAGGCUUCCAAGGUUCUUGGCAUUGUCUUCUUUCUGUUUGUUGUGAUGUGGUGCCCAUUUUUCAUCACCAAUGUGACGGUCGUAAUUUGCAAGGAGUCAUGCAAUGAAGAAGUCGUUGGAGGACUACUUAAUGUAUUUGUUUGGAUUGGCUACCUUUCUUCGGCUGUCAACCCACUUGUAUACACACUGUUCAAUAAAACCUACCGCUCAGCUUUCUCUCGUUACAUUCAGUGUCGCUACAAGGAAGAGAAGAAACCUUUCCAGUUGAUUCUGGUGAACACUAUCCCAGCACUUGCAUAUAAUUCCAGCCAGCUCCAGCUUGCACGAAUAAACAGUUUGAAAAAAGAGGCAAAAAUGAUGGCUAAGGAUUAUUCGAUGGUUACAAUAGGAAUACGUCACUUAGAUGGUACCUCAAAGGGAAGUAUCAGUCCAGUGAACGAAAAGGUUAGCUGUGUGUGACUCUGCUAGCCUGUUGGCAGCUGCCAUGACAACCAGAGUGUGUACGCUGAAAAUUUCACCUUGCUGUGAAAGGCUCUGAUAGCUUAGGAAAAUUAGCCCUGUUCAAGAGACCCUCCAAUGAUGUCAUAUACGCCUCAUAUCAUCCUGUUGAUGAAAAGCAGGGUUGAAAUGGUAUCAAAUGUGCAAUUUUUUUCAUACAGUACUUUGGCUGUUUUAAGCACAGGCUUUAUUAAAGUUAUUUUUUUAAUAUUCUAAAGGAUAUAUUUCUUAAAGAAAAAAAUGCAAUUUCUGGUAUUAUAACACGGGCUGUGAAGAAAUCUAUGUUUUUCUUUUCUUUUUGCAAAUGAAGGCUAAGCCGUUCUUUGGUUGCCUCGCAGAUUAGGUUGCAACUAGUGUGUCUUGCUAUAUGGAAUUUUAUUUUCAAUUACCAAAUGAGCACUUUACAGAAUUUUAAAUAAAAUGAUGGUUUAUUUACUAAUAUAUAUUUAAAAUAAUUUUUGAAACAUUAAAGAAGAAUCUAUUAAAACCUGUAUAGAUGAGUUAUAUAGAAAUUUUGGUAACAAGGUUUUUAUGGCUAUAUUUUCUUCUGAAUGACCGUUCUGAAAUGUUACUGGGCUUUUCUGCCAUUUGUUCUGUAGUUCAGAUUAGCAGUCUUGAAAAGUAAAUUAUACUUGAAUGCUCCCUUGAUUCUACCGCCACUCUUAAUUUCAUGUCUUGUACUUUAUUUCCAUUCUACAAGUUUCAUCUGUUCUAUUUAAAACUUGAAAAUAAUUUUUUCAGGAGUAAUUAUUGGGCUUAAUUCCCUGCUCCUUCAUACUGCUGUUGAUAGAGAAGUGAGAGAAGAGCAUGGAGUAUCAGGUACGACACUGCUAAAUAAUUUUAGGAAGCAUUCCAUAUCCAUUCCUCUGGUCAGUUCCAACAGUCUGAUUUAAGUAAUGCCAGUGGAAGUUUUGCAUGACUAAAACCUUUAGUAAAAGAUUUCAACAGAUUCUCCCUCACCAUUUCUCUUUGGUUAAAAAGGCAAUUACGCUUUUGGUUUUGUUUUACUGGUUGUAGAGUCAGAGUUAUCAGAAAACUGUUACUUGCACAAAAUUGUUUUCCUCAGUUUUGCUGUUAUGGUAGAUUGCUCAGGAAUGGUAGGUUGCUUGCACUAUUAGGACUCAGCCUUAAUGAAAUACAUAUGGGCAAAUGAGGCCUAUCUGAAAAUAGCAGACUUAUAAACAGAACAGUAUUUCACCUGCAUAGCUCCAAGGGCAGAAUACAUCGUGUAAACAACAUCAAUUACUUUGUUUGACAGAAAUGCCUGGUCAUGAAACUGUUUCCUGUAGGGCAUCAUAGACAAUUUGACUGCAGCCAGCGGGACUCUGCUGUAGAGCAGAAACCUAAAUGUUGCAUCCACCUGCAGAACUUCCGAUUCUUUACAUGGAUUUUUGCAACCAUAGUCAGGAGAAGUACGAUGGACUUCAGUUUCAGGUCCUGUCCACUCUGAAAAAAGCACUACUUUAUCUAGAAGCCAAAGUCGAAUGUCUUCAUCAUUUCGUAAGUCCUUCUCUUAAAGUUCUUCCAAUUUUCAUAAAAAAUUAAAUAUCCUCUAAGGCAAAGAAAGAGACAGACAGACAGAAUCUGAUCCUAUUCUAUGCACUGGGGUGUUUGUUUGGAAGAGGGAGACCGUUAGUUUAAAAUAUUGAAUCCUGCAGUAGAGGAGGACUUUGAACCUGGGUGGUUAUUUUGCUGAUUUCCAAGCAACCGCUUUUAUUGUUCUGUUGCCAGCUGCCAGCGUGAUAACCAAAUCUGCUGGUUUUACAAGCAGUAACUCCCAGCAUGGGCUGGGUCAGAGCUGCUUGGCACAGGUCACUAAGGGGUGCUGUGUACACCCAGUGACAAGGACCCCCCCACAGCCCUCAGCCUCACUAUGUGUGUGCAGGUGAAAGUGAUGUGCUGUGCCCUGCUGGAGCAACGGCACGUGUGUCAUCCAUCAGUACAUGGCCGCUAAUGGCUCUCCAAAAAAACAAGAGCAACCCACAGAAAUGGAGGUUUUGUUUGUUUUAUGAAAGAAGACUGGAAUGAUAGGACCCCUGCAAGUGGUCUAAGCACUGUGCUCAAGCUGAGUUUGUUUAUAUGCUCUCUCUGGCCUUGGGAACAUUCAGUCAUCACAUCUAAACUGAAGCCGCUUCAGCAGAAGGAUAACUGAACUCAGUACCCUCCUCUCCCUGCGCGCCCCACCCCAGGGUAGUACAGUAAGAGGGUACAAGUCCUCACCUCCACACAGGCAGAGGAAGGAUGGCAGCUGGAAUCUGCUAAGCACGGCUGAGCAUGUGGACCACUGGAGUAGUAGGUAGACAUAGUGACUUUCCUCUCUCUCCUGCUGAGUUUGAUGUAGAGUCUAAACCAGCAGGUUUGCACUAAGGGCAGGAUCCAGUUUGUAUCACCCAGAGCAGCCAGGUAAGUGCAGGCACCGAUGGAGCACAAGAGCUCAAGGGCAUUAAAUGCAGUGGGGUUUCAGAUACCUCCUGGUGUUCAGAUGCCUCCACCCAGCAGAUGGGAAAAUGGUUUUGAGGAUUCACCCUUGGGUUUGGGUGCCUUGGGAAAGAGGUAGGCAGUAAUAAAACCUAAGCUCUUUUGUGGGUAGAGGUCUGAGGCUCAGGAUUUGGCACCAAACCAAACUGCUUUCAUACGAUGAAUACUGACAUAGGAUUGAAGGACUCUAGUGGAAAGGAAACACAGGAGCUUCCACCAUCGCAUGGAAUUGCCACAUUUCAUAAAAUUUGCGCCCACAUUGACGUGAGCAUUUCCCAUAUGAGAGAAAGAGGCAGAGAAAGCAGUGAUUCCUGGACCCACCAUCAGUUUGUGCUAGGCAGCAGAGCUGGCCUGCAUACCAAAAGAUUUAGAUGGGUGUCCUGCACUUCUCUGAAGCUCAAUUCUUCCAGAAACUCCCAAGGCUCUAGUUGCUGUCCUGCACAGUCUCCUUCACCAGGUUGUGCUCAACAAGCUGUUACUAAGCAUUUAAUGUUGACUGCUUAUGCUCUCUGCUUACUGUCUGCAUCUCACCCACAUGGCACAGCAGAUCAGCCCCUCUGUUUCUCAUUCAUUUCACCUUCUGUUUCUCUUUCGUAAUGUCAAAUUGCUCACGUUGCAAAUACUGACGGGGAAUGUUUCACUACAAACAAAAAGGGGUUCAAUUAAUUGCUUGAUGUUUCUUUAAAAAAUGACUCUGAACAUUAAAUUAUUUCCAGCUUAUUAAAAUAAAGCCUAUGUUUUGGGCCCAAAUGACUUGACAGCAUUUCUUUAAUUGACAGCUGGAGGUAAUGUGACACUUAUUUUCUUGGUUAACAGCAGGGAUGCCUGACUUUUUAAUACUGUGAGCACUCAGAUAGGUGGUUUUAAUGAAUGAUCAGCAGCUUUUGCCUGAGAAGCCUCUCUAAACCAAGAUUAAAAAAAUGCACAGCAGAUAAGGACCAAUUUCUCCAGCUCUCUAUGAACAUCUUUGACUGUUUUGUGAGGCCUGAUUCUGCCAUCUUGCACCAAUACGUUAAUAGAUUUUUGUGUGGUUUGCCUUAGUGAGGAUGACAGAGUCAGUGUCUGAAUUUCUAAUACUCACCAUUCUGGAUCUGGAAGGUUGAUAAUCAGUAGAUAGCAAUUAAGAGUCAUCAUAUUGCGGAUGGAUGUCAAAGACCAGCAGUUUUAAGACCAGAAUUUUAUAGCACUGGACCUACACUUGGAAUGACCACUUGAACUCCAGAACACUACAGUGUAAUAUGACCGGCUUCAGAGCAACAAUUCCAUCUUGCAAAAAAAAUGUGUUUUCAAUAUGCAUCAGACUGGAACAGAAACUUCUGAAAUUUUCCAGAAAAAAAAAAGACAUUCACUACCGAAUAGCUCUGAGGUUAGAGUCUUCCCCUACGAUACAGGAGAAGUAUUCUCCUUGUCUGAUGAGUCAGUCUGUCACCUCCGCAUCCAAAAAAACUUGCUUUGACUGAAAAAUGUUUUAAUCAACAAAUUUUCAAGUAGAUUUACAUUUUAUUAUUGUUUAAACUGCAUCUGAAAACUGUCCAAAGACAUGAAGCUCACCAUUUAUCUCCUAAGCUGGUGUGCACACUUUAUAUAUUUCAGGGUAAAAAAUCCUCUGUAUCUAUCUCAUUCAGCCAGUCAUGCACUGUACUUAUGUAAUAUUAUUGCCAAAUGGUGAAAUGCAUUCUAUUUUGAAUACAUACGUUUGCUUAUGUAAAUACAUAGAGAAAAAUGUUUGCUGUAUUUUGUAAAUGUUAAUGUAAAAUGGUGUUCUAAUGCUUUCUUGUUUUGUCAGAUCCCACUGCUAGUAAAGCAGAUUAAAAUAUUCAAAUGAGAUCAGCUGUUUGAUAAACUGGAAGUUUGUCUUAA